AUGACGAGAUCAUCCCUCUCGAGAGCUUCCAGUGUUGUCACCCGAGGCCUGCGCCUCUCAACUACCAGGUUUCUGUCGGCCACCAGCAGCCGGCCCAAGGGCAUCCUGCCCGACACCGACGACCCCGAACCCCCCAACGUUCUCGACCACGCCAUCAAACCCGUACCCGCCGAGCUCUCGGAUGAAGACUACCACGACCUGGCCGACGAGUACCUGGAGGCCAUCCAAGACCGGCUAGAGGAGGUCGCCGAAGCGAAUGACCAGGUCGACAUUGAGUACUCGGCCGGCGUUCUCAAUGUGACCUUUCCCACCAUCGGGACCUACGUGAUCAACAAGCAGCCCCCCAACAAACAGAUCUGGCUCUCAAGCCCCAUCUCUGGCCCCAAGCGCUACGAUUACGUCGUCUACGGCGAGAGCCAGGCCCAGAAGGAGGACACGGCUGUCGGCGACUGGGUGUACCUCAGGGAUGGCACCACCAUGAACGACCUGUUUGUCCAGGAGCUUGACAUUGACCUGGAUCUGCCGCCCCCACAGUAA